GACAUCCUGUUCAAAUCUAUUCAGCUCAACACAGACAGACGGACAAACUGACAGCAGCAUCAGAAUACAGAGGACAAACUUUUAUUUAUGAUUUAGGGCGACAAACCAGAGGAACAGAAAUCAUCACAAUAGCAAACUUUACUUUUUUUUUUAAAGAGAAACAUAACCUGAUGGAAGCUCUGCUUACUGAUAACUGAGUCUGCUGGAUGCUGCACACCUUAAAAUGUCUUCCCACAUUUAUGAGGAUCCAGAUUUGACUAUUAAAUUUAAAUAUGGAAACCGAGACGACAGAGAGGAGCGAGAAGUCGACAUCUACGAGACUUCGGACGUCUACACUGACCAGAAGGCUCGUUCAACACGACACAGAGAAGUGCACACUCAGUAUCACCUCCCAGCAGCCCAAAGAGACCGGUUCAGAGUUCUUGCCCUGAUACUGGGUCUACUGUGUCUCCUGUUGGUAGCGGGGCUUACAGUCUUCUAUAAAUUCUAUGUGGAGCUCAUGUCUGAGAAUCAGAAGCUGACAUCAGAUCUGGAAAGGAUAAACUGCCAGUUUGGAAAGGAAAACCAAACACAGGCGAACACCACAGAAUGGAAACGAUUUGAGUGCAGCUGUUACUACAUUUCUACUGAGAGGAAAAACUGGACAGAGAGCAGGAAAGACUGUAAGAGGAGAGGAGCAGAUCUGCUGGUGAUAAAGACCAAGAGCAAACAUGAAUUUUUCAGAAAGCUGAAUAAACGUGGAGAAUUCUGGAUCGGUCUGGAGAGAAAGACAAAGGACUGGUCAACAUGGGAGUGGAAGUGGGUGGACGGAUCACCACUAACAUAUACAGGCUGGAAUACAGGUGCAAGUUUAAAUCCUGAGGAUCAUGUCAAAGUAUUUAUGGAUCUACAAGGAACAUGGAUGCACACCAACACUGGAUCGAAACACUGGGUCUGUGAGAGGGACAUCUACUGAGAGUUUGCUGGUGACCUCUCAGUCUAACAUCUGUAACAUGUAACUGCACUGUAUCAGAUUUAAACCUUACCAAGGAUUUUAAUAGAGAAACUGAACUGCAUCAGUCUGAAGGUAGAGCUGUGUGAAGGUAAAAUUGACAUAAUGGUGUUCUGACCUUCAGACAAAAGUCUGUUGUUGUGAAACUUUAAUAAUCAGGGAUUGUGUAUAAAAUGUCAGUGAAUCCUAAACAGUUUCAUACAUUUAUUAAACUCCUUGAAUUAAAGCUGAAAGUCUGAACUUCAAUCACACCUGAUUUGUUAGAUUUAAAAUACACGAUGGUGGCGUACAGAGGCCAGAGGACAAACACUGUGUAACUCUUCAAAUAAGAACUUGAGUUUCGGCCCACAUGUUCGGAUCGAUCAAUAUUAGACUCAAAGAAAUGUCCUCAUUUCAUAUUUCCUCUGAAUAUGGACGCAGUGGCAUUUUUUUCAUUUUCAACUUAAAAAGGAUUGAAAUACAUAAAGCAACCUGUGUGCGUGCAAAAUGUGUUAAAGUCUGAUCAACCAGAAAAAAACAUGCUUCUCCUCUUGUGGUCAAUUUUCAGUCAACAUUGUCAGUUUAUGUCUAUUUCUAUUCUUUUAUUGUGAUUCGUAUUGUUCUUUCUUUUUUGUUGCAUUCUAAGUCAUUAACUAUUACUGUAUAUGUUAACUGUUGAGUGUGUUUUGCACUGUCCCCGAACUUUGCAAAGCUGAGUUUUAUGUAUUUUAGUCACCGGCAGUGAAAAUGAGUUUAUGCUGUGUACACUGUGUUGGUUCAGGUUACAUGCUAGCCCAUAUACAUUACACUGUCUUAAUAGUUGGCCUCUGAAGGCACGAACUGUAAAUUAAAAUAGUUUUUAGAUCACGCUGUCAACCUCAAUAAUGACAUCAUUACUCUAGUCCAAUCAUCUUUCUUGGAGCCAAUCAGCCUCA